GGCGACCAAUUGAAUUUCGACCACUAUUCGAGCUAGAACCUAACCUAAUGGUGGGGAGUUGGAUCUGCGAGGUAAUGGAGAAGGUGGACGAUGAAAUUCUAGGAAAACUGGGAAUGGUUUUGCGGUCAAUUUGGUACGAGCGGAACAAUCAGCUUUUCAACAACAAGAAAGCGGAGGAAUGUGAGAUUGUGGGCAGGGCAAUGGAGCUUUGGAAGGAAUUCAAUUCACACCACACAAAGCAGCUCAGAAGCGAAGAGGAGAAAACUCAUAACUGGGAACCGCCGCCGGUGGGCUGGAUCAAAAUGAACGUGGACGCCGCGGUCUUGAAAGGGAAAGGAACGGGAUUCGGAGCAGUGGCCCGCAACGAGAAUGGGAACUUCGUGGUGAUGGUGGUACGGAGGGAGUGGAACCAGUGGUCGCCAGAGCUAGCGGAGCUUAAAGCCAUCGAAUUCGGCAUCAGAAUGGCUGGACGGAGUGGAAUUAAUCAGAUGGUGGUGGAAACGGAUUGCCAGACCGCAUUUCUCGCCCUAGAAAACCCAUAGUCAUCAAGAACAGAGAGGGAGGUCAUCAUUCGGUGGAAACAGUUGUAGCCAUGUUUUCAAGUCCCAAUACAAAAUACUGAAGGCCGAGGUGGAGAGGAUAGGGAAGAUUCGGUGGCGUUUGCAAAACGUGAUUGUAAUACUACAGCCCACAGUAUGGCCCAUAUUAAGUGCAAUUGGGAGGCCCAGGAAUGUUGGACAACCAGGCCACCUAUUUUCCUCCUUCCAAUUCUAGAUAAGGAGCUCAUUCCACAUUAAUAAAUAAGCAAAUAUUCCUAUAAAAAAUAAAAAAUAACUAUACCCUUCCUUCGUGACGAGCACGGGGUUUUCACAAUAAGGAGGAGAAGGCUGCAGUUAUAUCCUUUUAUCAUAAUUUAUUCUUAUCUGCGGGAUACAGUUGGCCAAGGUGGUUAGUAACAACAUGAAUGCUUAGUUUAUGGCUACGGUCUCGCAGGAAGAGGUUCGGGCUACUUUUUUAGCAUCGGUACGAUACAAGCACCGGGAUCUGAUGGAUUCACUGCUGCUUUCUACCAACGUUUCUGGCUUGAUGUUGGGCAAUCUGUGAUGGAGGUUGUCUUUUCCUUCUUUCAAACUGGACGCCUACUACACAGUAUCAAUCACAUGUGGCUUGCUCUCAUUCCUAAGGUGCCUAAUGCCGAUUCUAUGCAUCAAAUGCGGCCUAUCAGCCUCUGCCAGGUUCUGUAUAAAAUUAUAGCUAAAAUUCUUGCUUCUCGGAUAAGUCUCAUCCUCCCGAUUAUCAUUAGCCCUUGUCAAAAUGGGUUUAUUAAAGGCCGAUCAAUUACUAAUAAUAUGUUGAUUGCCCAAGAAAUUAUGCAAUUCUUAAAGACCAAGGUGCAGGGAAAGGAAAAAUGGAUGACAUUAAAACUUGAUAUGGAGAAAGCGUACGACAGGGUUGAGUGGAGGUUCCUCAUCUCGGUACUAGAGGCGAUGGGCUUUUCUGAUCGCUCGCUCCGAUGGAUACGAUCGUGUAUCACAACUAUGCAUUUCUCCGUGCUUAUGAAUGGCUUGGAGUAUGGUUAUUUCCGCCCUCAACGCGGUAUCAGGCAAGGAGACCCCCUUUCUCCUUUACUGUUUGCUUUAUACUCGAAAGCUUUUUUUGUUGCCAUUCUGACUAUUGUUAAUGCUUCUGCUAUUCAUGGAUUACGGGUCCAUAGGCUAGCUCCUAUUACUUCCCAUUUCUUUUUUGCGGAUGGCACUUAUUUGUUUCUUCGUACCUAUAUUUCUGAAUGUACUAACCUUAUGCAUUUGUUGAGUGACUAUGAAAUGGUUAGUAGCCAGCAUGUCAAUUUGUAGAAAUCGACAGUCUCACUGAGUCACAAUGUGUCAGAUAUGGAAUUAAAUGCUUUGACUUCUUUUCUGGGGGUCUUUGUGAUGGCCCCAGGUGACAAAUACCUCGGGUUACCCUAUCAAGUCCAGCAAUCUAAGACUCAAACUUUCCAUUUUGUUGAAGAGGUGUUAGCUAAUCGAAUCCGGAAUUGGAAAAUCAAUGCUUUGUCCUUUGCAGGAAAGGAGGUUGUUAUCAUAGCGGUGGGUUCUACUUGGCCGUUUUACGCCAUGUCAUCGUUCCGGCUGCCUUCGUGAACUUGUCAUCGAUGUAACAGCCUCUUUUCUCGAUAUUGGUGCACAGGGCUGGAUAAGGAGAGCGGGAUUCAUUGGCUAUCAUGGACAAUGGCUUGUCAAAGUAAGUUUCAGGGAGCACUCGGAUUCUGUGAUUUUGACCGAUUCAAUGUUGUUUUGCUUGAUAAACAGGCUUGGAAUCUCCUGCGAAAUCCUGAUAGUUGCCUCGCCCGAAUCUACAAAGCUUGUUGGCAUCCACAUAACCACUUUCUCGAAGCUAAGCCGGGCUCUCGACCAUCAUGGACAUGGCAAGGGAUUUUGGAAGGGCGCGACCUACUCAACCGCGGUUUAAGAUGACAUAUUGGAAAUGGCUCUUUGGUACGAGUUCUUGAUGAUCAGUGGUUGCCGACCAUCCCUCCUUCUUCCCCAGUCUUACUGUCGGGUGUCAGUAGUGAUCCUCUUAGGAUUGUUGAUUUAAUUUGCUCUACCCGUCGUUGUUGGAAGCAAUAAGUAUUGGGGAGUCUCUCCCCUUUGCCACGUUCAAGACCAUCUUAGGAAUUUCGUUAGUUGUGUACCCUUCGAAGGAUCAUUUGAUAUGGAAUUACUCCACCUCAGGCUAGUAUACGGUCAAAACAAGUUACCAUAUUUUCACAAAUGAGCUCAACACUCUGGAUCCCUCCUCCUGCAUUGUCGUUCGAUUGGUAGUUCAAGAAAUUCUUAUGGAGCCUCCAUGUGCCGCCAAAGUUGCAGAAUUUUGCGUGGCGGUAUGCUUGCGGCUUUCUACCAAUUCAAACAGUGUUUCGUUGCAAGACGCUCGUUACGUCAUCGAUCUAUCCUGUUUUCUCUACUGCCGAAUAAACUCUCCAACAUUGUUUUAUACAAUGCCUGAUAGCCAGAGGGGUAUGGCAGCUUGCUGGCAAAAGAGACUGUACUUUUAGACAAUCCAGAUUAUGGUAAUGCAUGGAAACUUCUUUUCUUCUCUCUUCUAUUGUCCAAAUUGCAGGUCCGAAAUUCUUUUUCUCUUCUUGAGGAUCUGGGAAGGCAGGUGUCAUUCGGUUCAUGGUGGAAUUCAGUACCUACCGUCGGCUUUACAUCGACAAUUCAAUAUUCAGUUGGAAGAAUGGAGGUCCUCGUCUCAGGACCCAAUUCAUGCACCAUUAACAACUCUCACUCGGACUUAGCAAAGGAAUAAGGCGGCUCAUCAAGCUUCUUCGGGCGUUCUCAACUCUCGCAUGAUAGUGGCUGCUCUGCAUCCCCCUGCUUCUAUCAAGGUAAGCUUCACCGGCUAGGUACAACGUGACCGAGGAGUAGGUGUGGCUUUUGGUUGUCACAAUAAUUCAGACAUGAUAUU